AUGAAGGUGACCGGUGGUUUCGAGAUCCUGACUCGGCUGUCUUUCUUAGUUACUCAACUUACUCUUGCCGCUGGAAACUCUGUGGUGGUGGUGACCCACGAAAACUUAGAAGAAAUUCUUGUAUCCAAUGAGUUGGUGCUGCUCAGCUUUUACACGGAUUGGUGUCGUUUUAGCCAAAUUUUGGCACCCAUUUUCGAGGAGGCGGCGUCGAAGAUUCAUCAGAAGUUCCCUGAGAACGGCCGUGUAAUUCUGGGAAAAAUAAACUGCGAUAAGGAAGAAGAAUUGGCUGACAAGUUUGACAUACUCAAGUAUCCCACGAUAAAGAUCAUCCGGAAUGGAUUGAUUAGCAAUCAGGAGUACCGCGGCCAGCGAUCCGUGGAAGCUUUUGUUCAGUUUGUGGAGAAGGAACUUUUAGAUCCAAUUGAGGAGUUUCACAGCGUCGAUGAGCUCAAGAAUGCCGAAGUGGGCAAUGGCAUUGUAAUUGGUUAUUUUGUUUCCAAGGAUCAUGCCGAAUAUGAUACCUAUCGCAAGGUAGCGAGUUUAAUGCGCAAUGAUUGCAGGUUCCUAGUGGGCUUCGGAGAGUUGACUAAAGACCUCCGUCCCCCAGGAAAGAACGUGCUGGUGUACCGCGGAGACCCUUCGAUCCCAAAUCAAAAGGACUACUACAGUGAAUACUCGGGCAACAUGACCAGCUUUAAAGAACUUACCUUUUGGGUCGACAAGAAGUGUGUGCCGCUUGUGCGGGAAAUUAACUUCGAUAAUGCCGAGGAGCUCUCCGAGGAGGGACUGCCCUUCGUGUUGCUUUUCUACAACAAACACGAUCUGGGUGCCAUCCAGGAAUUCAAGACCGCGAUUCAGAGGCACCUAGCGGAUGAGAACAGGGUUAAUUUCCUGACUGCAGAUGGGGAACUCUUCAAGCACCCGCUCUACCAUAUGGGCAUGUCCAUGGGCGAUCUGCCAGUAGUCGCCAUCGAUUCGUUCAUACACAUGUACCUCUUUCCGCGGUUCGAGGAUAUUAACCAGCCCGGUGUCCUUAAAAAGUUUAUCGAUGAUCUUUUCAGCGGCGCGUUGCACUACAAUUUCCACUUGGCACUAGAGGCCCAAGAAAAAUCAGAGUCCACAAUCGAUCCCGCUGAAUUCCCGCCGGUCGCCCACGAAUCUAAGUUUAAGGAGCUCAAACCAUCCAAGCACCGCUACACUUUGAUCAACCGUAGCAAAGACGAGUUGUAAUAUAAUUCAAUAUUCAAUGCUAUUUAUUGAUUUAAGCUUCAAUUACCCUUUUAACCUUAUUCAAAAAUAUAUAAUUUAGGUAUAACUUUAAA